AUGAAAUUCCUCCUUCCCGUUCUAUCGCUCAGCGCUGCUGUCAAUGCGCUGCACUUCUUCAUCGACGGCACAACCCCCAAGUGUUUCUACGAGGAGCUUCCCAAGGAUACACUUGUUGUUGGACACUACACUGCGGAGGAGUGGGACGAGCGAGUAUCAGCCUGGGUCAAGCACGACGGAAUCAGCAUCUACAUCAACGUCGACGAAAUCUUCGACAACGACCACCGUGUUGUCUCUCAGCGCGGUCUGGCCUCCGGUCGAUUUACCUUCUCCGCUGCCGAUGCUGGCGACCACAAGAUCUGCUUCACCCCGUCAUCCAGCUCCGGCCGCACCUCAUGGCUCUCUGCCAAGAACCCCAACGGUGGCAUCAAGCUCACCCUCGACCUCGUGAUCGGCGAGACCAACCAGAUUGAGAGCAGCGAUAAGGGCAAGAUUCAGGAUAUUACUUCGCGUGUUAAGGACCUCAACGCCCGCCUAGCUGAUAUCCGAAGAGAACAGGUUUUCCAGCGUGAGCGAGAGGCCGAGUUCCGAGAUCAGUCCGAGUCUACCAACGCUCGUGUCAUUCGAUGGAUCGUUAUUCAGCUCAUCGUGCUUGGCAUCACCUGCACCUGGCAACUGUCGCAUCUCCGAUCAUUUUUCAUCAAGCAGAAGCUGACCUAG